UGACUUACUUUCUUCUUGCAUAGUCAGACACAGAGGAACAGAAUCACAAUCAAAUAUGCUGGACUUAAAUCUGUUUAGAGAAAGGAAGGGCCACGACCCCGAUGUCAUCCGCAAGUCGCAUGGCCGUCGUUUCAAGAGCGUUGAUCUUGUUGACAAGGUGAUCGACCUCGACCAAGAAUGGUGCCAAAGACAAUUCGAGCUCGUGAAUCUCAGGAAAGAGUUCAACCAGACCAACAAGGAAAUUGGUCAGCUCAGAAUUGUGAGUGAGUUGAUUAAAAAGGCAGAGGAAAAGAAGAGGUUGAUCGCAGAGAAAGAAGCUGAAGUUCAAGAAGCUUUAGCACAACUGAAUUCAAGCUUGGAACAAAUUGGGAACCUUGUCCAUGAUUCAGUUCCCGUCAGCGAAGAUGAGGCAAACAAUGAAGUGGUUAGAUCAUGGGGAGAGAACCGGGUGGAGCCAGCACUGAAAAAUCAUGUCGAGCUUUGUAAGCUUCUUGGGAUUGCUGACUUUGAGAAAGGUGCUAAAGUGGCUGGAUCCAGAGGUUAUUACAUUGAAGGCGUUGGUGUAGAUCUUCAUGAAGCUCUCAAAAACUUUGCUCUAGAUUUUCUUGAGGACAAGGGAUUCAAAAAAAUGAUUCCUCCAUUUUCUAUGAGACAAGAUGUCAUGGCCAAAUGUGCUCAACUACAGGAAUUCGAUAAUGAACUCUAUAAGGUAACUGGUGAAGGAGACGAUAAGUAUUUGAUUGCUACCGCAGAACAGCCUCUAUGUGCUCGUCACAAGGAUGGAUGGUUCCAUCCCUUCCAGCUACCCAUAAAAUAUGCUGGAUUUUCAUAUUGCUUCCGGACAGAAGCUGGCUCGCAUGGAAGAGAUACAUUGGGGCUUUUUAGGACUCAUGAGUUUGCCAAAGUAGAACAAUUCUGUAUUACCAGCCCAAAUGAAAAUGACUCUUGCGAUAUGCAUGAGGAGAUGAUCAGAAACUCAGAGGAGUUCUAUAAAGCUCUCAAGAUUCCAUAUCGUGUAGUCAAUAUUGUUUCUGGUGCUUUGAAUGGUGCAGCAGCAAAGAAGUAUGACUUAGAAGGUUGGUUUCCUGCAUCUCAGACAUAUAGGGAACUAGUCUCAUGUUCAAACUGUACAGACUAUCAGUCCAGAAAAUUAGAAAUUCGAUAUGGACAGACAGGCAAUGAGAAGACAAAGCAGUACGUUCACAUGUUGAACUCCACUCUUACUGCAAUUGGGAGAACCAUGUGCUGCAUUCUCGAAAGCUACCAAAUGAAAGAUGGUGUCGAGGUACCAGAAGUUUUACAACAGUACAUGCGUGGAAAAACCUUCUUACCUUUCAAAAAUUAA